AUGACGAUGUAUUUAACGCCUGGACUAGACAAUCCUAAUCCCAGCAAGAAUGAGGAUACUCUUCCAGAACUACGAGAUCCACAUAUUGCACGACAUGUCGAACAUACUGAUGUCUUUAGCGAAGUCGAUGGUCCUAAUUCCUCCACAUCGCUAACGAACUUAGACAGAAUCAACUCGAACGGUUCAAGCUUCAACGGUUUCGCUAACGGUCUGAAUUCGUUAAGUCCUAUGAACGGAAUGAUGAACGGUUUCGGAAACGCAAUGAGCCACUUUCCAUUUCUACCUAACCUGGCCAACGAUCCUUUCGCAAAAUUUAACCUGGGUUCCACGUUGAGUAACGAUACACUCAGCCCGCAGAAGUCUUCGCCACAACAACAGUUUCUAUCCAACCAUGUCGAGGCGAAUCAUCCAAGCUUGCAACCGCCCGAUCUUCAGAAAUGUGAUGAGAACGACAGCGAGAUACCGUCGGAACCUCCAAGCCUUACACCGCUAGUUCCCUCGAGUUUUGGCUCGUUUUCAAGCGAAAGUUUCAGCAUGAACAAAGAGCUUCAUCGAACGGGAAAUUUACAUUCACCGGGGUUUCAAAAUCAAUUCAGUAGCAAUCUAAAUGGAUUAAAACCUUUAGACGCUCUAGCAACGCCAACUUCAUCGACAGAUCGACUCAACCUUUCUGAUUUUAAUAACCUAAACUACAAACUUUCUCCCGAUGCUAACUUCCCUCCACACCAAAUGGACAUGUUUAACUCGUCUGUCUUUCUUCCUCCCCGAACUCAAGUACAAAACACCGCACCAAUGCCACCUUUCUAUAAACCACCUUACCAAGGCUUUCAGGGCAUGUCUCCGUACAACAAUCAACCUUCGGUUAAUCCCAUGCUAUUUAAUGAACAAAAUAUGAACAUAGGGAAUCGUUUUGGAGCGCCUAGCUCGCAGGUUCCUCCCGAAUUGACGAACAUGGGACCAAGCAGUUCUAUGAGCCAUGACCAGUUUGGUGUCAUGAAGCAAUCAUCCAAACACGGGCAAAAUGAAGAUGUUUUAAAUGAACUAAACUCGAAAAAAGUGAACAAUAAAGGCUAUCUUUGCGAACUUUGCGGGAAAAUCUACACUCGAAAAUACGGCUUGAAGAUACACAUGAGAAUUCACACGGGUUAUAAACCACUCAAAUGCAAGUAUUGUCAAAAAAGGUUCGGAGAUCCAAGCAACAUGGCGAAACACAUUCGCCUACACGCUGUUGGAGAUACUCCGUAUAAAUGUCAGUAUUGUGGGAAGGUGCUUGUAAGAAGACGAGAUUUAGAUCGACAUAUUAAAUCGAGGCAUCCCAACGGACGAUGA